UCUUGCACGCUCUUUUAUUAGACCAAGUGGAACUAGCCCUAGCAAGCAGAUAACAAAACGAAGUUCCGAUAGUCGGAAUCCGAACGGCGCCGGCGCCGGAGGUAGGUAGGUUUGGAUAACUUGCAGAACAGGCUUCGGAAGCUUCUUUCUGUCCCAUUCCAAAACUGUACUCUUUACAUGUUCUUGAAAUUACCGUGUGCCAAACUCAACCUCCAAAACCCUCCGACCAUCCAUAAACACAUUUUCUUCCUUCUUCGCCAUAGCCAUGAGCUCAACAUUUGCAUCCAUAUCUUCACCUACUUCUUCAUCUCUUUCAUCCAUUUUCAAUUUCAAUGCAUCUAAAUCUAAAAUGGUCUCACUCCCGAAUAAUCUUCGUUUUGCUGCUCCCCUUUCCCGCAAUUCUGUUUCUGUGCAUCCUUUUAGGGUUAGGGCUUCCUCUGUUCCCGUUUCCAGGAAUCACCCUGUUGUUCAAUGCCUCCGCAACUACGCCAGAGCUGCGAUUCUCAUCGGUGCUGCGGCCACCAUGGUUGGGAAAUUCUCGCAUUUGCCUGCCAGAGCUGAAUCUCCAGCGGCGGUAGCUGAGGAAGCUUCAAGAAUGGAGGAAGAUCAGCGGAUUGCUGAGGAUUCGGAUCAGGAGGGGAAACAAUCCUCGCCGUUGAAUGACUUUCUCGAAUCGAAUUCUGAAGCUAUCGAGGCGCUCAAAUCGCUCCUGCAGCAAAAACUUGAGAAUGGUGAGGAUGAAGAAGCACUGAAAAUUUUGAAGCAAUUGGUAUCUGCUCAACCGUCGGUGACCGAGUGGAAAUUUCUGAUGGCCAGGUUGCUUGGGGAAAUGGGUAAAACGGAAAAUGCACGAGAAGUUUUUGAAGAGAUUUUGGCUGUGAAUCCAUUGUCUUUUGAAGCAUUGUUUGAAAACGCAUUGUUAAUGGAUCGUUGUGGGGAAGGAGAGGCUGUGCUUCGGCGAUUAGAAGAGGCUUUAAAAAUUGCUGAGAAUGAAAACAAAGUAAAAGAAGCCAGGGAUGUUAAGUUGAUAAUGGCUCAAAUACAGUUCUUGCAGAAGAAUGUAGAAGAAGCCUUGAAGAGUUACAAAGAAUUGGUGAAGGAGGAUCCAAGUGACUUUAGGCCUUACUUCUGUCAGGGAAUGAUUUACAGCUUACUUGAUAAGAACAUGGAGGCCAAACAGCAAUUCGCCAAAUACAGGGAGCUCUCACCAAAGAAAUUUGAGGUUGAUGGGUACCUAAGAACUCCAUUAUCAAGGAUGAAAAUCUUUGGAUCAGAUGAAAACUAAAGUUUGAUUCAUCGGAUAAAGAGGGCUCUUUGGAAAAUAGAAGAUGAGUAAGCAACUUUAAAGUUUUGCUGAGUUUUGUUAUCUUCUUAAUCUUAGUUUGAUCUGCCAUCUGCAUUUAGUUCAUUUGCAGGAUGCAAUCUUUAAGCAUAAAUUUUGCUCAUAUGCAUUUGUUUUGAUGAUAUUAGAUAGACUACUUAAAUUAGUGGGAAAGUUAAGUAAAUGGAGAAAGGCGCUUAAUAGUUUCAUUAUGUUGUAAUUUGAACUAUGCACUUCAAAUCAAUUAAUAAUAUCCAUAAUAAUACGUUCGUAUUGCUACUAUUGUUCUUA